UAUCUCCCGACCAUGAUAGCUUCCCCAACGAGAGAGGAUUCUUGUCUCUCGACCCGGCCGCCCAUUCCGUUUUUCCAAACAUCCUUCCGCCUCACUCACCGUCCUCACAAUGGCCGACGAAGACCUCUCCCUAGCCCCCUCCGCCCCGACACCAUCCGUCAGUCCCUCGGCCCAUUUCUACCCAUUCGCUACCUCCCCGGAUAUCAUUCGGUCGCACGAAAAGGAUGUUUUCAUGACCGGGAGCCUGACCAGCCAAGUGCACUCGAUUGUGCGCUCUCUCCGCGGUGCUCGCUACGCUCACACCCACUCCGAUGCCAUCAAACACCUGACCGAGAUCCUCUACUUUGCCUUGACCACAUUGGUCGGCAACCGGACGCUAGGAGAAGAAUACUGCGACUUGGUGCAACUGGAGGAUGACACCCUUCAGCUUCCUUCCCUCCCCAGGCGAGCCGGAUACAUCCUCAGCACCAUUCUGUUACCCUGGACGCUCCAGCGAAUCCUUCCCGCCUUCCGGCAGCGACUGCGAUCGAAGCUGGAACGCAGCAUCGCUCGACAACAGCUCAAGGCGGCUCAGGCCAAGGGAAUAGUAGAGCGCGCCAAGAACAAUUCCUCCAAGAAACAGUCUUUCUUCACGAAAUUGCGGAUCCAGAAAUACAUAUUAGAGCACCUCGACUCAAUCACGUCGCUGUCGCCCGUCUACGCUCUUAGCAUCGCAACGUUCUAUUUCACCGGCGCUUAUUAUCAUCUGUCGAAGCGGUUCUGGGGACUACGAUAUGUGUUCACAAAGAAAUUAGAGGAUAGCGAGCAGCGAGUUGGGUAUGAGGUGUUGGGUGUGCUCAUGGUCUUGCAGAUCGCUGUACAGGGGAUAUUGCAUAUCAGGAAGGUCGGAGCCGAUCUACAACAGGAGGACCAAAAUAGUGGACUAGAGGCCAAUGGAGCCCAACAGUAUGGGGAUGCCAUGAUAUCUUCCCUCGAGCACCCUUCAUCACUCCCUCUCCUCCCCGCGUCCAGUGCCCGGUACGACUUUUCGGAGGAUUCCAAUGCAAUCCCCUGGAUACCUAGCGGUCAGCAGCGCAAGUGCACGCUUUGCCUGGAGCUGUUCAAAGAUCCCAGUGUCACAACCUGUGGACAUGUUUUCUGUUGGACAUGUGUACGAGACUGGGUACGCGAGAAGCCGGAGUGUCCCCUUUGUCGGCAGGAGGUCCUCUUGUCCAAGGUCCUGCCCCUCAGGGGAUAAAUUCACCGAUACAUGAACAGCUCCCCUAUCUCAUGACCGUGCCAGCACUUAUAUCACGACCUUCAACUCAUUUACGCCUCCCGAUACGACUGUGUCAUGUCUUGGUUGUUUAUAUUUAUACCCCAUAUAUUCUAGAGGCAGUUAUUACAGUCUCAUUUGUAAACCAUAUCAUUCUUGAUAAUGUUCAAUACCUUCAGUUGUAUCUAGCAUGGGUAUCACGUUCUAGUCGAUCAAUAAAACACCCAAGAUGUUG